UCAGCGGAGUCUGCGACGCGGUCAAACAGCGCCCUCUGGCGGCAGCGCGCCGCCGUGUCUCCCAUUCCUCCCACUCGCCUUUCAUUUCUCAGUGAAUCGGGAUUGUGCGUCUGUCUCUCCAGCACGGUCAUUCAACAAGGGGGAAAAACUUUUUCAUUCUUCCAGAAACACUUUCUACAAAUCUUAAACGGAAGAGGAGGCGUAGAGGAACCAGACACAGCAAAAAAAAAAACCUUUUUAAUUGUUUUGAUAACCGUCAGCUUCAAUGAGAUCAGGAACUGUUUUCAAGCAAAAGUUAUAGAAGAGAGAGAGAAAGAGAGAGAAAGAGAGAGAAAGAGGGGGAGGCGGCGAGUCAGGAUAUCGAAACCACUCCUAAAAAAAAAACAUGGCUAAGAAAUACGACUUUCUUUAUAAGCUCCUUCUAAUCGGAGACAGCGGAGUUGGAAAGACGUGUCUUAUUAUCAGAUUCGCUGAGGAUAAUUUCAACACGACGUACAUUUCCACGAUCGGGAUCGAUUUCAAAGUGAAGACGGUCGAGGUGGAGGGGAAAAAGAUCAAGCUGCAGGUGUGGGAUACAGCUGGGCAGGAGAGAUUUAAAACCAUCACGACAGCGUAUUACCGGGGGGCCAUGGGGAUUAUCCUGGUCUAUGACAUCACAGACGAGAAAUCCUUCGAGAACAUUCAGAACUGGAUGAAGAGCAUCAAAGAGAAUGCCUCUGUGGGGGUGAACAAGAUGCUCCUGGGUAACAAGUGUGACAUCGAGAAUAAGAGGAAGGUCCCGCGAGAGACGGGGGAGAAGCUGGCGAAGGAUCACGGGAUCCGGUUCUUCGAAACGAGCGCCAAGUCGAGCAUCAACGUGGAGGAGUCUUUCGUAGAACUGGCUCGAGACAUCCUUCUGAAAUCGGACAAGAAAUCAGGUGGCGGAGGUCGAGCGGUCAAGAUGAACUCGACCGAUAAGAACACCUCCAAGUGUUCGUUAGUCUAACGAGAGAAAACGCCGGGAAAACGCAGACAGCCCUGGGACUCAAAGCUUCGCUACAGCUGCGCCGAUAAACCCAGCCCCCCCCCCCCCACCCCCACCCCCCCAAAUCAAAUCCAAUCAAAUCAGAGAGACACAGCUUUUGUAAGACGAAGAAGCAGAAGGAAGAGAAGAAGACGAUGACGACAGCCCAUAAUAAUUGCCAACAGUGUUCCAGCCUCUUCAUUGAUUCAAAGUAGUGUUCGGUUUUAGAAUCUGCCCCACAAUCCCACUGCGUGGUCCUCGGAAUCCUGAGCACGGAAUGGAGGAAUGGCGUUCCGUGAUGUUAGGGUAUGCGGGAAGCGUUCCGAGCGUUUCCCGGAGUCCUGCGAGUAUUCCGUGUAACCCGGACGAGCCCCCAGUUUCCCAAUUCCCACCCCCCCUUUUAAUCAAUUCCAAACACCUCGCCAUUGAUCAGAAUUGCCGAUUUCAGCAACAGCGUUGUGUUAAAAUGAGCUUCUCACAACAGAGGUGAUUUAAAAACCAGCUUCAAAUGACAUGAAAGCAGGUGAACGAUCACAAAUCAUUAUUAUUAUUAUUAUUAUUAUUAUUAUUAUUAUUAUUAUUAUUAUUAUUAUUAUUAUUAUUAUCAUUCUUAUUAUUAUUAUUAUUAUUAUUAUUAUUAUUAUUACUGCAUCGCUAAAAUAUCAAUUCCAAUCCCUUCGUAAGGAAUUGAUUUUGAAAAAAAAGGAAAUUGAGAAUUGGGAAUUGAUUUUUAAAAAGGCGUUGGAAAUGGAAUUGGAAAUUGGAAACAGGAAUCGGGGGGGGGAGUUAUUAACAAUGUGGGGGGUUUGUUGUAGAGUAUGAGAGGGUUGAACAGAGGACUAGCCAAGGCUGUGGAGCCCAUUAGCUUACCUCUUAUUAACACCAACAUAAGUAUAUCUGUCGUCCACAGCAGUGUCACCCAGUCCAGGUUUUACUGCUACCAGCUUGAUCAGCCCCAGUGUGUCUAGCUAACAAGCUCAGGUGUGUCUGAUUAUUAAACUCAGUGAAACCAGGACUGGAUCACACUGCUGUGCAGCGGGAGUCUGAUUCCCAUCCCUGUAGAUAGAUAGUCGUUGGUUGAAGGAGGUUUUUAGCUGAUUUUAUAGGGGACAGCAACAGUGUAUUGGUGGUAGAGUGGGAUAUUUAUAAAGAUAGAUCAGAGAUGGGAGACUCCUAUUGCACAGCAGUGUCACCCAGUCCAGGUUUUACUAGGAGCUUGAUCAGCCCCAGUGUGUGUAGGUAACAAGCUCAAUAAGAGGUAGGAGAAUGGAUUGUAAAGCCUUGACUGGGACUAGGGGGGGUGUCCAGUAUUGAUGUAAAGUGACAGGAAAAGGCAUGUGUGUGAUGUGAUGGAGGGGGGGGGGGGCAGCAGAAAGAUGUUUUAAGAUGGGGGUGGGGGGGUGAAGGGUUGCAGGGUUCCUAUACAUUUGUAAAAUAAAACGUCUUCAUUGUAGAUUCCGGGGAGCAGGAUUCUGUUACACUGCUGGCUUGUGCGGAUUCCCUCUUUGUUGGGCAGUGCAGUUAAUCCCCUAGGAAACUGUAUUUUUUUGCACAGUAUUUUUGCAGUCCCCUCCCCCCGUGCAUUUACCAUCGCUUAAUCUGCUUUGCCUUGUUUAUCAAUAUGCUUUACCAGACCUCUCUGUGCUUUACAAUGCUUCCCUAUGCUUUACCAGACCUCUCUGUGCUUUACAAUGCUUCCCUAUGCUUCACCACACCUCUCUGUGCUUUACAAUGCUUCCCUAUGCUUUACCAGACCUCUCUGUGCUUUACAAUGCUUCCCUAUGCUUUACCAGACCUCUCUGUGCUUUACAAUGCUUCCCUAUGCUUUACCAGACCUCUCUGUGCUUUACAAUGCUUCCCUAUGCUUUACCAGACCUCUCUGUGCUUUACAAUGCUUCCCUAUACUAAGUCACGUCUUUGACCCGCAUCCUUAAACGCUCAGCCUUUGGGAGUCUCUGUAUCGGAGGGUCAAAUUAUUACAUUUCAAAUCAAGAACAAACAGUCGCUGGAAAGCAGCACGUUUCACACCGACACUAAAAAUGCAUUGUCACUUUUUUUUUUGUUCUAUUUUCUUGCACAGUACUGACAUUUCAGAUAAUAUUGUGCUUUAUUAAACUCGGAAGCGUCCCAGACUGCUUA